AUGGGUAGCGAGACAUGUCCAGUAAAGGGAAAUAAGUGUUCAAGUGAUCACAAGCCCUCUAAAGGUGGCUGGAGUGCUGCCAUCUUCAUGAUAUUUGUGGAGAUGGCAGAGAGAUUUGCAUUCUAUGGUAUAGCUGGAAACUUGAUAAGUUAUCUCACCAAUGUGUUGGAAGAGACAACAUCGACAGCUGCUAAGAAUGUCAACACAUGGAUUGGUGUCUCCUUCGUCUGUUCUUUGGUUGGAGCCUUCAUAGCUGAUUCCUACUUCGGUCGUUUCAACAUCAUCAUCGUCUCUUCCAUAAUCUAUUUGCUGGGAAUGGUUUUGUUGGUAGUAUCAGCGUCGCCAGUGAUUUCUGUAGGGAGUCGAAAGUUGGUGUUAUUCAUAGCACUUUACAUAGUAGCGAUGGGGGAAGGAGGGCACAAGCCAUGCAUCCAAACAUUUGCUGCUGAUCAGUUCGACGAGUCAUCGCCUCAAGAGAUUAUGGCUAAGAUCUCAUUCUUCAAUUGGUGGUACUUUGGACUUGCCAUUGGUGUUUUAUCUUCCAUUUGUGGUAUUACUUAUAUCCAGGAUAAUGUUGGAUGGGACAUAGGGUUUAGCAUAUUAGCAGCAGUUAUGGGUGUUGGAUUUGGUAUUUUCUUGUUAGGCAUAAGGAAUUAUAAGAAACAAGGGCCCUUGGGAAGUCCUUUUACCAGCAUGGCACAGGUGGUGGUAGCUGCCGUUCGAAAGUGGCGCGUAGAUGAAACGCGCGAUGGAAGAGGCAUUUGUUAUGGAGAUAAAUCCAAUGGUGGCAUACUUACAGAGCCUCAAUCUAUGACUUUUGAUCACACCAAACAUUUCAGAUUUUUAGACAAGGCAAUGAUAAUUGAUGACAUUGAUGCGUCAAGCAAGACUAGAAAUCCUUGGAAGCUAUGUUCAUUAAACCAAGUUGAAGAAAUGAAGCUGGUUCUUGGCCUUAUGCCCAUAUGGUUAAUAAGCUUAUAUACCAGUGUAGUUUUUGCUCAGAUGAAAACCUUAUACAUUAAACAAGGCAGCACAAUGGUUCGAUCCAUUGGACCCCACUUCAACAUUCCACCAGGUUCACUCUUAGGCUUCACUUGCAUCGCCAUUAUUACCAUAGUCCCAACCUAUGACAGACUCUUUGUGCCUCUGGUAAGAAAAUUCACAGGCAAACCCACAGGCAUCACAAUACUUCAACGAAUAGGCAUUGGCUUAAUCUUUGCUGUUAUAACCAUGCUUGUGGCUGCCAUGGUUGAGGCCAAAAGGGUUAAAACAGCGAGUGAUCACAAUCUCUUGGAUGAUCCAAAAGCAAUAGUGCCAAUUAGGGUUUGGUGGUUGCUCCCUCAAUAUAUUCUUGGUGGGUUUUUUGAUGCUUUUGGAAUUGUGGGGCUUCAACAUUUGUGUUAUGAUCAAAUGCCAGUGGCUAUGAGAAGCAUUGGGGCUGCACUUUAUGUUAGUAAUGUCGGGGCUGGAAAUUUUAUAAGCAGUGGAAUUAUAUCUAUUGUGGAGACAGCAAGCGAAGGAAGAUGGCUGGGGAAUAAUCUGAAUAGGUCACGCCUUGAUUAUUAUUAUCUUCUGCUUGCUGGUUUAGGGGUUUUGAAUUUAGGUGUUUUUCUUGUUGUUUCUAAGAGGUAUGUGUACCAAAAGGCCUCUGAAAUCUACAAUUUAUGA